GAAACCCUGUCUCAAAAAACAAAAAACAAAGACAAAAAAAAGGUGAAGCCUCCUUAUGUACACACAAGUAUGCACACUGGCACACAAACAUGCACACACACAUAUAGACACACACACAAAAUGAACAAAUAAAAACCUAAAGACAGAAGGAAGAGUCCCCACUGAGGCACAACACGAAGGGAAGAGUGGAGGGUCCAACAUCUGAAAGAACAUUAUCGUGGACAGGGAAGGAGCUGGCAAGUCACCUCCUCCAGAACUCUCCAGAGCUCAGGCAGCCAUUUGGGAAUGUUUCCGCCUUUGUAUGGCGAUGGUUUGAUUUCCAAAGCAUUUGAAUAGGGCACACCAGUUUCCCCUCAGCCUUGUGUUCUAAAUACAGGUUUUACACAGCAUCUUUCCAGGGCUUCUCUGUGGGAACGCAGACGUGGAAGGAGGAGGCUGGUGUUUAAGUGGGGAAUUCCCCAAAGCAGACCCCAUUACCAGGAGCUGGGAGGCAAGCCCCAUGACCAGUGGAGAAAGGACAAGGACAGACUAAAAGCCAGCAAGGCGCACACCCCGGAGUGGGCUGGCACGGGUAAUGUGGGUGAUGUCGCUAACAUCCAUAAGGUGCCCCCGAGAGAGUCUCUAUGAGACUCACCUUGGCCAACCCCAAGGAAUACCCUCUCCCUCAUUGCUGGAGGCUCCCAAGCCUCCUGGCCUGUCUCACCUGUGGGUAGGAAAUGUGGAGAGCCAGGCGAGUGUGGGAGCUGGUCACAGAGGACCUGGUUUGUGGGGAGGCAGGUAUCCACAGACUCUGUCGUUGAUUCUCUCCCUCUCUCUCCCCCUAUACACACACACACACACACACACACACACACCCAUGGCAUGCACACUCCACAAAUAUACAAGCAUAUAUCUAUGGUUUGUGUACCUGUAUGGAACUAGGGAUGAACCCAGGGCCUCACGGAGCCAAUGGAGCUACUUCCUAGUCCUGGACAUGUGAUUUAAAAAAAAAAAAAAGAUCUUUUCAUCCAUAUUAAUCUCCAGGAAGACCUGACCAGAGAUGGAGUCUGAGGAAUCCAAGCACAAAGGUCACCAAGGGAAAUCUUUAAAAACACACACAAAGAGGCUGGCGAGAUGGCUCAGUGGUUGGUAAUAGAUGGUUUCAAUUCCAACACCCUCACCAUAGCUCACAGCCAUAUGGAACGCUUACCCAGGUGGUGCAAUACCCCUUCUGUCCUCCAGGGGCACUAGACACACAUGUAGUAUACAGCCACACAUGCAGGCGAAACACCAAAACACAUAAAAGAAAAUUAAAAAUUAAAAACAAACACAAUAAGAUCCUACUGGUCUUUUUCAGUCCACUCUCUUUGACAUCUUUCCACAUCAAUAUAGAUAUGCCGUGGCUGAGCAGUAGUGUAUUGAGAGGCUACACACACACACACACACACACACAAGCUUUGUUAUUGAGAAUUGGGGCUCUUGGGGCUCUGGUUAUGAUUCAGUUGAUUGAUAAAACAUUUGCACUCAUGAAGCCCUGCCCAGCACCCCAUAAACAAGGUGUCAUGAGACCUACAUGUGAUUUAAAAAAAAAAGAUCUUUUCAUCCAUAUUAAUGCCAGCAUGUGAGAAAUACAGGCUGUGAGGUGUUAAGGAGUUCAAGGGUGUCCUUGGCACAUUUGGAAGUUGAGGGCAGCCUAGGAUACCUGAGACUCCACUUUUACACUGUGGUGUAAAAAGCAGCAACCUCUGUGGGGAUGGUUUCCCUUCUGGCUGAUCUGCAGGGCCCAGUGACUUCCUCUUGGACUGUUUUGCUGUUCUCUUCACCUAACCCUCAUGCCAGAAUCCUGGGGAUGGACCGAUUGGUGAAGCUGUCACUGGAUCCCUUUGUCCCCUUCCUAAUAUGGCCACAUGAAUCAAUCUCCUUUUUUCCACAUUUUUACUAUUAAUUUUUUUUUUUACUUAUUUGAUUUUUUGAGACAGGGUUUCUCUGUGUAGCUGUGGCUGUUCUGAAUCUCACUCUGUAGACCAGGCUGGCCUCAAACUCAGAGAUCUGCCUGCCUCUGCCUCCUGAGUGCUGGGAUUAAAGGUGUGCACCACCUAAAAAAGUGAAUUUGUCUUUUUAAUCAGUUUAUCGAAGGUGGCUGUCCAGGACUGAGAGGGCAGAGGCUCUGACCCUGAUAAAUCCAGUAACAAUAUCUCCAACAGACAGGGGCAAAGGAGGAGCUGGGAAUGUUCCUUCUGGCUCUGCACUCCAGGACUGUGGAAAGGGGAACAGAAGUAGAGAAUGGGCGUGUGUGUGUGUGUGUGUGUGUGUGUGUGUGUGUGUGUGUGUGUGUGACUUUGGUGUUAAUCCCAGCUUCCUGUCGGGACUGUCCUGACUGCUGCUCAGGGCCUGUCUUUGGAUGUCACAGCUGCGGAAAUAGAUCUCCCCUCUUCACCUGUUCUUAAGCAAUAGACACUUGACUAACUUCCUGUCAGAAGAAUGCAUGCUUUGGAAACACAAGAUGGUGCUGGGGACUCCUGAAUGCCCACCUUCCCCACCUCUGAGGGAGCAGUGAACGGCUCAGCUUUUGAGGAACUGAGUGAAUCUGCAGGGGAGACAUAAAGACCCCCAGGCACUGUGGGCCAGAGCCACAGCCUGGUUGGUGAAUUUGCCCAGUGUCUGCCUGGUCCCCCUCCAGAAACCACUGGGUCCUUAGGACUCCCCUCUCCUAAGAGUGAUUGGCAGAGUGACAGUGAGUGUGUGCUCUGCCCUCCUCACCUGCCUCACACACUCAUGCCAGGUCCUAUACAAUUUUCUAUUCCUAUGGGGCCAGGAAACCAAGUCACCCUAGCUUCUCACUCAACAAACAUGAGUCCCCCAGAGUUAACAUCAGCGCCAGGAGGAGUAGGGCCAAAGUCUGGAGAACCCCACAUAGGGGCCUGAAGGUGGAUCUCCAGAAGAGAGAUCUGAGCCUCAGAAUCCCCAAAGACCCCACAUUCCGGAGGAAGAGAGCCAGGGUGAAAAGACCCCACAAUCUGGAAGAGGAGGGCCAGGGCGGAGACUUGGGCUGUUUCCCAGACACCAGGCAUCCUGGGCUGGGCGGGUCAGUGUACUCCUGGGAGGAGCCCUCUCCGGCGUCCCCAGAGCUGCCAAGGUAACUGACCUGCUAGGCCAUGGCCUCCCUCGGGAGUGGGAGCUGGAGCGGCGCCCCAUCACAGAGUGCAGCCCCUACGCCCUGGGUGACCAUCUUGCAGCCUUGUCCUUGGACUGUCCCGACUCCUCUGCCUCAGCCUAGCCGAGUCAAGGAAGACCUGCUGGAGCUCAUGAUGCUGCAGAAUGCCCAGAUGCAGCAGCUGCUGCUGAGUCAGCUGGUGGCCGGAGCCCUGAACCCAGGGCCAGAGUGGUCCAGCCCACAGGUCUAUACAGACAGCCAACAGGAACAGGUGGAGGAAGAGAUGGAGGCCCAGGAGCAGGAGCCUUUGGUGUUCCACCAUCACUAUUUGCCUUGCCCAGCGACCUCCUUGGGCCCCAUGGCACUCUGGCCAGCCUCUUUCCUCCCUGUUCCCCCGCACCAGCCUCCCUGGCAGGGUGCACCGGCGAUUCAGCGCCAGCCCCCUGCCUCCAGGCGAGGGGAGGUGAGAGAUGUGCCCCCACCCCCGCCCCCCAGUGCCACAGGAACUGUUGGAGCGGAUGUACCCCCAGCUUCAGGUCAGUGGGGCCUGACCCGGGGCAGACGGAGAUGUCAGAAGGGCCAUGUGCUCUGUGGAGGGGGGCUCCUGCCAACCACUGCCUGUCCCAUUCUGUGUUCCUCCUUGGGGUCCACCAAGGCAGGAAGGAGCAAGCCGAGGGUUCUGUUUCUCUAGACUACUACGACGCUGAGAGCCUGCCGUGAAGACAGACGUUCACCAGGCCUCACCAGCUUCUGCACCCAUACCGGAGCGACUCUGCACCCAUGCCGGAGACCUUCUGACCCACUCUGCCCCAGCCAAGCCCUCUACCCUGGGGCAUCAGGCUCUCAACUCCACUGCUAUCUUGAGCAGGCUCUUCUGCAUCAAAAGCUCCUUAGAACCCCUCCCUGACCCAGAAGCCACAUAAACCCAGUUGAUCCACUGUUUCCUGUCUGAACCAGAGUCAGGCCCUGAUACCAGAGCCCCAGCUGGCCUUUGCCCCUCUCUCCUCUCUGUGGCAUCACCCUUGGGCCUGAAAUAGGGCAAGGGAGAAGAGGGUGGCUUGGGUCUCCAAAUGCCUUAAGGCCCGUGGAGGGCAGCUUGGUUGGGGAGAAGGCCAGCUCAGGAGACCCCUGCGGCGGACUCGGCUUCACUGGACUCUGUUGGCGGAAAGGAGAGUCAGAGCUGGGUCCUGAUUCAACCAGGAAUGGCCUCAGGUCCCCAGGGCCAUGUGCAAACAAUGUCCUCCCGCUCAUGAGAUCUCAGUAGGA